GCUCCACAGCGAGCUGGGCAGCUGGGCGGGGAUAGAGAGGUAGUGCUGAGAGUGGCUCCAGGUAGUGCCCCCUUAUAAGGGCUGGAUCCCCAGAGCUCUGCAGAGAUGGAGACUUUCCGGGACCUCUACCAGACCCCCGCGGACUGCCUGGGCAGCUUCGUGCAGCAGAUGCUGGUGCCCCAGAAGGCCUGGCGGGAUCAAGUUCAAGACGCCUGGCAGAGGAUCUCCAGCUUCUUGAAAGAGCACUGCUUUGGGGAUCUCCUGUUUCUGGACCAGGAAGUGCAGGUUCUGAAGGUGGUAAAGGGUGGUUCUUCUGGAAAAGGGACGACAGUGAACCACAGCUCUGACGUCGACAUGGUGGUGUUCCUGAGCUGUUUCUCCAGUUUCUGGGACCAGGCCCUGUACCGAGAAAUGGUCAUCGACUUCGUCAAGAAGAGGCUGGGUCACUACAGCAGGAGCCUGGCCUACAGCAUCACCGUGAUCCACCACAAAGAGGGGGUCAGGGCCCCCCGCUCUUUGUCCAUCCAGGUCCAGGCCAAGAAGAACGGUGACAUCAUCAAAGUGGAUGUGCUCCCCGCUUUUGAUGCUCUGGGAAACAUUUCCCCAAACUUGAAGCCAGAGCCGGCCAUCUAUGAAGCCUUAAUCAAAAGCUUCAGCCACCCUGGAGAGUUCUCACCGAGCUUCGCAGUGCUACAGCGACACUUUGUGAAGAGUCGCCCAGUGAAGCUCAAGGACCUGCUGAGGCUGGUGAAGCACUGGUACCAGCAGUAUGUGAAGCCAGCUCAUCGAACGGCAGCCCUGCCCUCCAAGUAUGCGCUGGAGCUGCUGACCAUCUAUGUCUGGGAAGAGGGUGCAGACGAGAGCGAGAGCUUUGGCCUGGAUGUGGGCUUCGAGGCUGUGAUGAAACUCCUCCGAGAAUAUGAGGACAUCUGCAUCUACUGGACCAAGUACUAUGAUUUCCAGAGUGAGGACGUCAAAGUCUUUAUCAAAAAUCAGUUGAAGGAAGACAGCAUCCCUCCUUUCUCCAGGCCUGUGAUCCUGGACCCGGUGGACCCCACCAACAACCUGGGAAGAGGAAAGAGAUGGGACCUGGUGGCCAAGGAGGCAGCACAUUGCCUACGGCAGCCCUGCUGCAAGACCGAAGACCCCAGCCAGAGCUGGCAUGUGCAGCCAGCAAGGAACAUCCAGGUGACGGUGAAGCAGCGAGGGAAGGAAGACUGGACACUCUGGGUGAACCCCUACAGACCCAUAUUGAAGAUGAAAGCAGAAAUCAGGAAGAAAAAUGACCUCAAUGGGAAGAUGCGACUGUCCUUCCAGGAGCCCCGGGGGGAACGGCAGCUGCUCAGCAGCCGGGGAACGCUGGCAGAGCACGGGAUCUUCUCCAAGGUGAGUGUCCGGGUGGUAGACGCUCUCUCCGGGGAGAUCCUGGUCUUUGUGAAGAGCCCCAAUGGCCUGAGCAUGCCUGUUGCCAUCCACCCUGAAUACUCCAUCUGGGACCUGAAGGAGAAGAUUGAAGAGGCGGGAGGCCCUGCCAAGGAGGACCAGAUACUCAAGUGCCCGGACCAUAAAGUGUGGAAUCACAGCCGCAUCUCCGACCUGGAAAUCAAGGACUGUGACACCAUCUCACUCUUCAUCAAAAAUCACUAGGACCCCGGAAGACUGGACACCCUUGGUGAACCCCAACAGAGCCAUCUGGAAGAUGAGAUCAGAGAUCGGGAAGGGAAAUGAACUGAGGCUUCUGAUGAUGUCAACUUCCGCUGGUCUGUUCCCCCCAUCAACUUCUCUCCACUCUUUCUGCAGUGGAAACACCCAUGUGAACAAACACCCUUAGCUCCCUGUUCCCUUCAGAAGAGUUCUCGUGUUCCAGUGCCUGGCAUUCAGGUUCCCUGAGAACUGCAGCCCUUGGCAUCUCCUCAGCCUCCCUUCACUACUCUCUCAAAACUCUUGUCAUUCCAGAACUCAACACUGGCUCACAAGUCCCUGUGGAAGCCAGGCGAGUAGAAUCAGCAUCCCCCGUUAGGUGUUCUGAGAAAUGGCGAUUCCUUUCAGGUCUGCAGGAGCCUUUCCUCCAGGACUGUGGGCCCAGGCCCCCUCCCCUCACCCUGAACGGAACAGAACAUUAACAGUAACUGAUGGAGGCACUCAGCACGGAAUGCAGAGUUCAUGAGAGUCUCUGUUGAGCCAGGCCGUGGUGCACCUAAUUAGGUGCACACUUUACAGUGUACAAGGACCCGGGUUCAAACCCCCCCAGUCCUCAUUUGCAGGGGGGAAGCUUCACAAGUGAUGAAACUCUACGGCAGGUGUCUCUCUCUGCCUCCCCCUUUCCUCUCAAGUCCUCUCUGUCACUAUCCAAAGUAAAUUAAUAAAUAAAUAAAUAA